AUGAGUGAAAUCGCCGAGCUAGAAGGCAGAAUUAGAGAGUUGGAGAAUACGAUUAAGGGUGAGCGGGAAAGUCUGAAGAAAGCUGUGAAAAUCACUGAUGAGAACAACACUCUGCGGGUUCGUAUUCGCGACUAUGAGUCGAAGCUUGAGAGUGCUAAGAACAAGAUCGCCCGUCUUGAGACACAGCUCAAAGUGAAAGAAGAGGAUAUACUGACUUCGGCUCGCCUUGUGAAGAAUUUGACUGAGCAGAGGGACUUGUUCAAGGCGCAGUUGGAAGGACUAG